AUGCAGAGCCCCACACUGGAACUGCUACCCAAAGCUCUACCACGGCAACUGCAGUAUCCAGUGGUUCCACAGAGGGACCUACCAUCGAGGUCUGGAAAGGGCCCAAAGCGGAGCCAGAGACCUGGGCCACACACCAAGACUCUCAUUACAUUACACUGCACCUACAGGCAGCCCACAGUCGAGUGGCGGGGAAAAUCAACUAAGACCGGUGAAGGGCCUACCAAGAGGCGGGCUCCGACAGAUUUCUGCCCAUGCCAGGGCACACCCAGCAUCAUGGACAUCACUGGCGACGAGCCUCCACAAUGGCUGCCAGCCCAUGAAAGCUCCCAAGCCCAUAAAAAGAAGGCCCCCAAGGCACACGCGGAGAGAUGCAAGGCAUCGAACCGGGGCCGACCCAGAGCCCUAUCGGACUACAAAUCUCCCACAGGGUGCUACAGCCCCUUCUGCAGGUACGAGACUGGACCAACAACCUUACCAAGCACCGCAAUGCUGCGCUGCGCGCCAGCCUCAGACCCAGGCCCCGAAUGGGCAUAG